AUGGCGGCGGUGAAGGCGUCGGAGGCGCGCGGGGACUCGCCGCUGCUGCGGGCGGUGGAGCUGUCCCGCGUCAUCGCCGGGGAGGGCGCGGGCGCGGGGCCCCUCCCCAGCGCCGACCUGGCCGGGAUCCUCGUCUCCAACCUCUGCUUCGCGCACAACUCGCCCUCGCUCUGGAAGCUCCUGGGCCAGGCCGUGGCCUCCCGCCUCCUCUGCCCGCUCCACGUCCUCGCGCUCCUCACCCCUAGGGUGUUGCCGCAGCGGCGAGCGCAGCCUGAGGCGUACCGGCUGUACCUGGAGCUCCUCAAGUGUCACGUCACGUCGUCGUUGCUGUCUAUGGAGGCUGGGCCUAAUCGUGACAAGAUAGGGAAGUCCAUUGCUGAAGCUUUGCAACUAUCAAAGGUUUAUGGAUUUUCUGGAACGGAGUUUGGACAUGUUGUCAUUAUGUUUGUGUUGGCUGUUGUCAAUAAACUGAUUGAUAGCAUACUCGAGGAUUGUGGCUUUCCAUCUGCGAUGGCAGAGGGGCAAGAGAGUGUAUAUGCCACUGAUGGGCCACAACCUAUGGACUUAGAUGUUAAAAGGGGAUCUACUGAGAACCAAAAUGAGCAUCAUGAACAGUUACGCCGGAAGAACACUCUCAUGGCUUUGGACGUGUUGCAUAUGAUGGCUGCUGAUAGAAAGAUUCAAUCAUUUCUGCGCUUGAUAUUCCUGAACAUGCCUGAAAAGUUCAGUUCUCUACGCCAGAGGUUGAGUUCUAUUGAAGCACACAAGGUGUCCUUGGAGACUCUACUGCCUUCUGUACACAAAAUUAAUGACUUGUUAAUAAAUAUCUGGAGAGUUUGCAAAACAGACUAUCAACCAAAUAACAAACGCAUUCUGGGUGUUCUUGGUAAUAUGGGAUCCGGUGGCUCCCUUCUGGGCCAACUUACUGGAGCUGGGAGGCCCGCCUGCUGGAUAAUAUUUGAUAUAUAUGUGGAGAAUGCAAUUGAUGGGAGGCAUCUAAGUCUUAUAUCAGCUAUCGGGAUUAUAAAAGAAAUGACCAAGACAAUGCAAGUGCUUAAUGAAGCAAGCUGGCAGGAAACAUUUAAAGCUCUUUGGAUUUCCGCCCUUCGUCUUGUACAACGGGCUAGAGAACCUCUUGAAGGACCGAUUCCUCAUCUAGAUGCAAGGCUGUGCAUGUUGUUAUCUCUUAUACCAUUAGCAGUUGCCGAGAUUCUUCAAGAAGAAAGUGAUAUGCUUGGAGCUGAAGGAAACAAAAUUCUUCCACAAAGACAAGGGCUUAUAUCGUCUCUCCAGGAUCUGAUCCAGUAUUCAGGGCUUCUUGUCCCACCUUCAUCAGUGGUGAAUGCAGCUAAUGCUGCAGCCUCAAAAGCGGCAAUAUUUAAGGCCAACUAUAAGACUGGGGUUGGCAACUCUAGCUUGAUGGACCAGACUGACUCUUCCAUGAAAGCUGCUGGGAACAUGCUCCAUCUUAUUAUCGAAGCCUGUAUCUCGAGAAAGUUGAUCGAUACAUCUGCUUACUUAUGGCCUGGUUAUGUUGUACCAUCUGGGACUUUAAAAGAUACAGCCUUGCCCCAAGAAUCCCCCUGGUUAAACUUUAUGAAAGGGUCUCGACUUUCAGGACCCCUUAUUGAUGCUCUGGUAGCAACUCCUGCUUCAAGUGUUGCGGAAUUGGACAAAUUAUACAGUAUAGCAACAAAUGGUUCAGAAGAAGAAAAAACAGCUGCUGCAAAGAUUCUUUGUGGCGCAUCACUUGUUCGUGGCUGGAAUAUUCAGGAACAUGUGGUCGGUAUGGUGGUCAAGCUAUUAUCAGCUUCUUUACCCUCAGUUUCCUCAACUUCAACUCCUGGGAGCAUGAGCCACUACCUUGCUCAUAUGUCUACGUUAAAUGAAAUCUUACUCGGUGUGUCUUAUGGUGACGCCAUCCACAUUCUUUCGUUGUAUGGAAUGGUUCCAGAUGUUGCUGUGGCUUUAAUGCCACUAUGUGAGGCUUUUGGGUCAAUAGCACCGCCACCUAAUCACAAGUCUACCAUUCUUGGUGAAACAUCUGUUUAUUCGGUCUUCUCUUGUGCAUUUCUUUGCCUUCUUCGCUUGUGGAAGUUUUAUAGACCUCCUCAAGAGUAUUGUCUUGCUGGUCGUGGAGGCUCAGUAAAGCUGGAACUGACUCUGGACUAUCUGUUGUUGAUGCUAAUAAUCGCAUUGAGUUCUCAAAUUCAUCUGCCCCUAAUAGGGAUUCUUACAACAAUAUGGGCUCAGUCAAUGAGGCUUAAGGGAUCUGGUGGACUUUUGCCUGCUUCUCUUGCUGCAAUUGUAAGCUACUUCUCAGCAGAAAUUACACGAGGAAUCUGGAAACCUGUUCCAAUGAAUGGAAUUGAAUGGCCUAGUCCCGGUGCUUCUCUUCAUUCCAUUGAAGCUGAAGUAAAGGAAAUUCUUGCAUCUGCUGGUGUUCAGAUUAACAGCUGCUAUCCGCGUGGUGUGCCGCCAAUGCUUCCUUUACCUAUGGCUGCACUUAUCAGCUUGACGAUUACAUUUAAGCUAGAUAGGAGUUUGGAGUACAUUCAUAGGGUCAUUGGACAGGCACUAGAGAACUGUGCAGGGGGGAGUUCCUGGCCAAGCAUGCCCAUUAUUGGGGCAUUGUGGACACAGAAAGUGCGAAGAUGGCAUGACUUCAUCGUCCUCUCUUGUAUGCUUUGUCCAUUUGGCAGAGACAAAGAUGCAGUUGCGCAGCUCAUCCAAAGUUGCUUCUUGUCCUUUCUGCAGUCUUCACCCAGUGGUUCUGACAUAAUUGCAAACCGUGGAGUUGGGGCUUUACUAGGGGACUCAAUCACGAAUCAAGGUCUUAGGCUCCCAAUGGCACCUGGUUUCAUCUACUUGAGAACAUGUCGAACUUUCCAUGACACUUACUUCAUUAGUGAAGUGAUCCUCAAGCAAGUUAUUGAGUGGGCUCACAAACUUGCAAAUGGAUGGUCUUUCAAUGGGCCUCCGCAGUUGAAAUCAGGCCGGACACCACUAUCUUGUGCAGCAUCCAUGGCGCAUCAGGUUGCGUUGCUUGGUGGAGGUCUCCUGUGCGUAGCAGGUGGACCACUUGUGGUCCAGGUGUUGUAUGAGGAAACACUGCCAACACUGCUGCUAUCAGCCAGAGAACAGAGUUUGAAAGACCCUGGGCCAGUUUCUAGCACACUCCAAGGUUAUGCCAUGGCCAACAUGCUCUUCUACAGUGGUAGCCUGCUUUGGCUAGCGGAUAGGACUGAUCCUGUCAUGAAAUUGUCUUUCCUCUGA